UCGGAGUCAGCGCCACGUCCACAUCUUUAUCUUUUCUCAGAAUGCAUACACCUGGCUUGUUUAAUCCUGUAUCAGGAGCCAUUUGUUUUCUGGGAUUUGUUGGGUUUCUCUUGUAGACAUCGUGAAAUUUUUUUUUUUUUCUGGGAUUUGUUGGGUUUCUCUUGUAGACAUCGUGAAAUUUUUAUUUCUGGGAUUCUUGGGUUUCUUUGGGAGGUGUUGAGAGUUUUGGGUUGUGGCAUUGCAUUUGGCUGUUGAUUGGUGGUUGGGAAUCAGAGGUGGGAUUUGUGUUUUGCUUCGUGGGUUUUAUUGGAAUUUGAAACGAAGGUUGGAAUUUGGAAGGUUGUGCUUAGUUUCCAUUGAUCAAGUUCUCUGAUUCUGAGUGAAGCGUCUGGAAUAGAGUUUAACCAGGAUAUGGAUAUUAGUAAUGAAGCCAGUGUUGAUUUUUCUCCAAUUGGACCUUCAACCGUUAUUGGUAGGACAGUUGCUUUCAGAAUUUUAUUCUGCAAGUCAAUGUCACAUUUAAGGUAUCAAAUAUUUGGUGUGGUGCGGCAUGUCAUCUUCAGAUUUAAGGACAUUUUCAUACCCAUGAUAUCAUGGUUGCAUCCGAGAAACCCAAAAGGGAUAUUGGCAAUGGUGACAGUAAUUUUCUUUUUGUUGAAACGGUACACAAGUGUAAAGCUGAGGGCUGAAAUGGCUUAUAGGAGGAAGUUUUGGAGAAAUAUGAUGAGAAGUGCAUUAACCUAUGAGGAGUGGGCUCAUGCUGCUAAGAUGCUUGAUAAAGAGACCCCAAAAAUGGACGAAUGUGAUCUAUAUGAUGAAGAACUGGUUAGGGACAAGCUUAAAGAGCUCCGCCACAGACGCCAGGAGGGAUCUUUGAGGGAUAUUAUCUUUUGCAUGCGAGCUGAUCUUAUCAGAAAUCUUGGUAAUAUGUGCAACCCUGAGCUUCACAAGGGUAGGCUUCAAAUGCCCAGACUCAUAAAGGAAUAUAUCAUAGAGGUCUCAACUCAGUUAAGAAUGGUUUGUGAUUGGGAUUCAGAGGAGCUAUCGUUAGAAGAGAAGCUUGCUUUUGUAAAUGAAACAAGAUAUGCCUUUGGAAGGACAGCUUUGCUUUUAAGUGGGGGUGCCUCUCUUGGAUCUUUUCAUGUUGGUGUGGUUAGAACACUGGUAGAGAAUAAGCUUUUGCCUAGAAUAGUUGCUGGCUCUAGUGUAGGAUCCAUUAUGUGCGCUGUGGUUGCCACUAGAUCUUGGCCUGAGCUGCAAAAUUUUUUUGAGGAUUCUCUGCACUCGUUGCAGUUUUUUGAUCAGAUGGGUGGGAUUUUCACAGUCGUGAAGAGAGUAAAGACACGAGGGGCUGUGCAUGAGAUCAGGCGGCUGCAGAUGAUGUUAAGGAAUCUAACUAGUAACCUCACAUUUCAAGAGGCUUAUGAUAUGACAGGCCGAGUUCUUGGGAUAACAGUUUGCUCCCCAAGGAAACAUGAGCCGCCUAGAUGCCUCAAUUACUUGACUUCACCUCAUGUCGUAAUAUGGAGUGCAGUGACUGCUUCUUGUGCCUUUCCUGGCCUCUUUGAGGCUCAGGAACUGAUGGCAAAGGAUAGAAGUGGAGAGAUUGUUCCUUACCAUCCACCAUUUAAUUUUGAUCCCGAGGAGGACCCUGGCACACAUGUGCGUCGGUGGAGAGAUGGUAGCUUGGAGAUUGAUUUACCUAUGAUGCAAUUAAAAGAACUGUUUAAUGUGAAUCAUUUUAUAGUCAGUCAGGCAAAUCCUCACAUUGCACCACUAUUGAGGAUGAAGAAAUUGGUGGGAGCUUAUGGAGGCAAUUUUGCUGCCAAGCUUGCCCAUCUUACCGAGAUGGAGGUGAAACAUAGAUUCAACCAGAUGUUGGAACUCGGUUUUCCUCUGAGGGGAAUUACCAAGCUGUUUGCCCAAGAUUGGGAGGGUGAUGUCACCAUUGUUAUGCCUGCUACGUUUUCUCAGUACUUAAAACUUAUACAAAACCCAACUUAUGUGGACCUUCAAAAGGCUGCAAACCAAGGGAGGAGGUGCACUUGGGAGAAGCUCUCUGCCAUAAAAGCGAACUGUGGCAUUGAGCUUGCUCUUGACGAGUGUGUUGCUAUUCUCAACCACAUGCACAGGCUGAAAAAGAGUGCUGAGAGAGCUGCUGCUUCUUCUUUUCAUGGCCUGGCCAACACAGCCAAAUUCAAUGCUUCAAAAAGAAUUCCUUCUUGGAACUGCAUUGCACAAGAGAUCUCAGUAGGCUCCAUUGAAGAAGACCUUCUCACUGAAGCCGCUUCCCCGUUCCAUCAAGAAGUUAAUGCAUCCACGAGAGGACAUUCUGGCAAGAAUUUGCGUAGCCAUGGAAGUGAUGGUGAAGCCGAAAAUGUUCCUUUCGAUUCUUGGACGAGAUCAGGUGGGCCCUUGAUGAGGACUUUUUCAGCUGAUAACUAUAUUGAAUUUAUCCAAAAUGUGGCCACAGAUGCUGAACCGGACAGAAGUUUAACAGCUAACAAUCAAUUUUUCCAUAUUCCAAGGGUGACAUCACCGGAUAGAAGUUCAGAAAGCACAGAGAUUGGAUAUGGAGUUUCUGCAGAUGGUUCCAGCAUAAUGGUAACUGAAGGUGAUCUUCUACAACCUGAAAGAAUCCGUAAUGGGAUUGUGUUCAAUGUUGUUAAGAAAGAAACCUUAACGAGGUCAAGUAGGAGUCAUGAUAUGGGAAGUUUCAACAAUGAUGUUCCUGCAUCUGUGCAACUUGAAUUUCUAGAUAAGGAGAUGGAUGCUAGCUCUACAUCUGACUAUGGUGAUCAUAAUGUCACUGUGACAAAUUGCCCUGAAGGACCAGAUCCAGAUCCUACUUCCAUGGAUCAUUCUGGCAUAGAUGAUGGUAUCAAUCACUGACUUGUGGAUGGUUAAUUUUGAGAACCAUUUUUCUUUAUUGAAUUUGUAUAAAAUUUGGAUGAAGUGAUCACUAAAUUAGAGUUAAUCUGAAAAUUAGAUUAAUUUGUGCCACGUGAUACCGAUACGCAUGUAAAUUACGACACAAGUUUGUAAAGAGUUAUAGUAAAAGUUGUAGUCACCUCAA